CAAGCUCACAACAAAGAUGGCUCCGAUCGCGUUGUACGAACAGAGCGUUGCUACGGCUCAACCAACCAAGGGCUCUGCAACCUCUGAGAAGAAAGAGCUCACGCCAUUGGAGGCACUCGCACAUCAAGAGAACAGCAAGCCGCUCCUCAAUAUCCCCACCUUCAACACAUUCGAAGAGAAACGACAAUGGCAGUUAGAACACAUGGCUGGGGCCUUCAGAGUCUGGGCUCGUGAGGGCUAUGCGGAAGGGAUAAGCGGACAUAUUAGUGUACGAGAUCCCGAAUUCGAAGACAGGCUCUGGAUCAACCCACUAGGCGUCCAUUAUGGCAUGAUGAAAGCGAGCGAUAUGAUCUGCGUCAAUUUCAUGACCGGCCAGGUCGUUGGAGGAAACACCGAGAUCCCGGCAAACGCCGCUGGCGUCUCGAUUCACAGUGCCGCACACAAACGUCGGCCAGAUGUCCACGCCGUCUGCCACGCACACUCGAUAUAUGGCAGGGCGUACUCAGCCUUCGGGAAGCCUCUCGAGAUGCUCAACCAGGAUGUCUGCAAUUUUUACAACGCUCAUUCCGUAUACGAGACCUAUGGCGGUGUUGCACUUUCUGGAGAGGAAGGCGAAAACAUCGCAGAAGCCCUGGGCACCGGCAAAGCCUGCAUCCUGAUGAACCAUGGCUUGCUGACCGUCGGCCAAACCGUGGAUGAAGCCGCCUUCCUAUACUUGGUACUAGAGAGAAGUUGCAAGGCACAAUUGCUCAUUGAAGCUGCUGUGGCCGGCGGAAGGGUGCAGAAGCAGCUGAUUGGCGAUGAAGAGGCGGCAUACAAUUUCAAAUGGAACAGUGAUCCGGAGACCCUGUACUUUGAGAUGCAGAGUCACCUCCGAUACGAGGAGUACCUCGCAGGCAGCGACUACAAGAAUUGAUCCACCUUCAGCUCAGAGAACCUUUUUCCAUUCCGUUCACGAAUAUCUGGCAGAGUCUAG